AUGCAUGCUAUAAAUGUGGUAGAAAAUAAUCAAAAAACACAUGCUCUUUUAAUCCCAAAAAAUGAAUGGACCCGACUUAAAAAGAUUUUGACAAAAAAGGAUGACGAUAGAGCUGCAAUUGAAAUGAUAAAGCGGUUAAAAGACGAACGGCAUGCUACAUCCAAAGCAAUAUCCGAAUCAUGGGACACCACUGUAUUGAACAAGCGAAAGAAAGAACUAGAAAACAGAAAACAAUUAUUAGCAAGUAAUGAAGCUAGACAACAAAAAAGAGACGAAAUCAUGAAACUCGAGAUUUUGGAACGCAGAAAUGCUAUUGUAGAAAAGGCACGGUUGAAGAAAUGGUCGGAUAGAGAUUCAACAAAAGCGCUGACCAGAGCAAUGCACAAGAUGGAAGUGCUCAGAGAGAGAUCCAUACAAAUGAAAUUCAAUGAGGCGGAGAGAGCAAAGGAACUCGAAGCAGAUCGUUUGUUAAAGAUAGAACAAAAUUUAGAUGCUGAACGAUAUAAGACAGAUCGAUGGGAACAGAAAUUAAAACAAGCUGAAACGAAAAAAGCUAAUGCUGCUGUCUUUCUAAAAGAAUUGAAAGAACGAGAGGAUGUAAAGCGGGAAGAUGAUAUUAAAUUAAGAGAAGAGGGUAAAGCUGAAUUACAAAGAAUCGCAAAUGAAAUUGCGGAAGAUAAAGAGAACAAAAAAGCUAAAGCUCUAGCAACAAGAGAAAAUUUAAUAAAUCAUUUGAAUGAAAAUAGAAAAAUCGUGGCUGAAAACGUUAAGCUUCGUAAAUUAGAAGAUCAAGAGGAAAAUGUAGUAGUAUCAAUAAUGGCUGAGGCAAAGAAGAAAAUAGCUAGAACAAGAAAACUUAAAGACAUAGAAAUAUUAAAAGAAAAACAAAAAUUAUUAGAAAAAAUGGUUGAAACUUCAAACACAUAUCAGGAUAAAGAAGAGGUUGCAUCCCAGAACGCAGUCGAAGAAAAAGAGAGGAAGUAUCAAAGAGAAGAACUUAAAAAAAAGGAUUUGAUGAAAAAGAGAGAAGAAGAUUUCGAGGACAGUAAGAAGAUCUUAGAUGAAGAAAAUAGAAAGGAAAAGGAACGUUUGACACUGAGUCAUCAGUGGGAACUGGAAAGGCGCCUAAGAGAGACUGAAAUGUUACGCUCACUUGAAGAAUUACGUAAACAGGCAAAGACCAGAGAAAUGAAGAGUUUUCGAGAGAAUCUAAACUUACAGCGUGAUAACAAUAGGGCGGCUACUAAAGCCAACGAACAGGUAGAUCUUGAUGAAUAUAACGCAUACUUAAAACUAUGGCAACAACAAGACGAGGAGUUUAUGACCUAUACUAAAAAUAUGAUAGCCAAAUAUAAAAAAGCUGGGAUAUCUGUCAUACCACUCAUAAAAGCCAUUGAGGACUAUAAGAAAAACAACAAACUACUCAGCGCGCAGCGAACACAGUCCGUAUAAUCAACGUUUGUAAUUGUACCAAGAGCAUUUUUUGUAUACGCUUAUAUAGUAAAUAUUUGUGUGAUACAUAUAAAAUAUACGAAAA